UCGCGUUACGUUCUUCGACCAGACCUGACCUGACCUCAUCGCACCAGGUAGGCGCGACGCGAGACCCCAGAGUCCAGCCGAGUGUGCUCUCCCCUCGUUUCAACGCCACGGUCGCCGUCCCCCAGAUCUGACCCCCUCCCUCGCGCCUUCCGCCACGGUCCACUCCGACUGCCGCCGCGCACCCUUCUUAACCCCGCCGCCCUGAUCCAAUUCCCUACACCACCGCAGCCGCCCGCAACUCCAGGUCUCCAGCGCUAGCGACUGACCGUCUCUCGUCGCCAUGGCCGCGGCGCUCCUCCUCCUCCUGGUCCCACCCAUCGGCCUCCUCGCCGCGCUUGCCUUCCUGGCGCGGCCCCGCGCCGCGCGGGUCCCGCUCGGGGGCCGCCACGUCUUCAUCACGGGCGGGUCCAGCGGCAUCGGCCUCGCCAUGGCCACGGCCGCCGCGCUGGAGGGCGCGCGGGUCUCCAUCCUGGCCCGCAACGCGGCGCGCCUCGAGGAUGCGCGCGCCACCAUCUGCGCCGCGACGGGGAAGGACGUGGGCGUCCACGCGGCCGACGUGCGGGACGCGGACGCCGUGGCGCGCGCGCUCCAGGCGGCAGGCCCCGUCGACGUCCUGGUCUGCAACCACGGCGUGUUCGUGCCGCAGGAGCUCGAGAAGCAAGACAUGGAGGAGGUCAAGUGGAUGGUGGACAUCAACCUCAUGGGCACGUUCCACCUCGUUAAGGCCGCGCUCCCCGCCAUGAAGGCGCACGCCCGCGAGACGGGUCUCCCCGCGUCCAUCUCGAUCAUGUCCUCUCAGGCCGGCCAGGUCGGUGUUUAUGGGUACACUGCGUACUCGGCGAGCAAGUUUGCGCUACGGGGAUUAGGGGAGGCGCUACAACAUGAAGUCAUUGCGGAUAAUAUUCAUGUCUCGUUGAUCUUCCCUCCGGACACUGAGACUCCGGGUUUCGAAGAGGAGCAUAAGAGGAGGCCAGAAUUGACAAACAUCAUAGCAGGAUCAUCUGGUGGAAUGAAGGCUGACGAUGUUGCUAAGAAGGCUCUGGCUGGCAUCAAAUCUGGAAAGUUUAUUGUCCCCUGCAAUUUCGAGGGCGCAAUGUUAGCUGUAGCCACUGCUGGUUUAUCCCCACAGAGCUCCCCGUUAAUGGCAUUCCUAGAGGUGAUUGGUGCUGGAAUCAUGCGGUUUACAGCACUUUGUUUCCAAUGGAAUUGGUUCUCUACCAUAGAGAAUUAUUAUGCCAAGAACAAAAAGCGCGAGUGAGAACACAAUCCAAGCCUGGACGCCAUUUUCUUCAUUUCAUGAGAGUUUAAAGCCCAACAAAUAAAUCGUCUUAGUAUCACCUUAUCUGAACGUACCAUGGUAGGUAAGGAAGCUGCAGUUAUCCUUUUUACCCUUUUCUUCUUGUUCUGCCCUGUGAUCAUGUGUAAAACGUAGAUUUCUACCCAGUUUCGUAGCAAAACAAUGUAAUAAAAAACACCAAUAACUUGCCAGAGAGCUGCUCUUGUGCAAAUUCCUGUUUUGUAACUACUGUUGUCACCUGCACUUUAGUGGAACUCACUAAAAGAAUGCUGUUCCAGCAUGAUUUUGUUUCGUUUGGUAAA